ACAGGAACAGGUUUAGUUUUUGUAUUUUUUUUUUUUUUUACAGUAAACUGUUCAACUCUUUAAAUAUUUUAUUUUUUACCGGUGUGUUCACUUGAUUAAGCGUUUUUGUGUGGGUAUUUACACGCGUGUCAUGUGUGUUUCGCCAGCUUUGUAGCAUGUAAGCCUUUGUUAUUGAGGAAUAGUUAGCUAGUCAGAGAGAUAUCCAAGUUGGCUAGAGUUACUUCAAUAAGUAUUGUUCUAUUAGACUAGUUAGUUUAGCUGAUAUGAGUUUGUUUUGACUUGUGUUGCCUGCACUUUUGGAAACACUUUGGACAAUGCUGUGAUAUUAAGGCAAAACCUCAGAUCUCAAAUCGUGAGAAAUGGCUGGAGUCAUUGCUACGGCACCUGUUAUUGAGGAUUUCGAACCCAUCCAGCCAUGCAAGAAGUUAAGAAAAGAGGACGAUCCGUCGCCAUCGAUGACUAAGACCAUCACAAACUACUUCUUGCCUUUACCCAAACCUGUGGACAAACCUUUCUCGCCGCCUCGAUCGAACAGCAUCAUAGACUAUUUCCGGAAAACUCCGCCCGCUCAGGGAAAGACUACCUCGUCCCAAAAGUGCAGUCCGCUUCAAUUCAAAGAGCUUCGGUCAUCUGCUUGUGAUGAGGUUCCAGCUAAAAAAAGUAGAGCGCCGAGGCAGAAACGGACCAGGAAAGCCAAGGAAAAGCCAAACAAGCUAGAGGAGGAGGAGGGUGAGGAGGAGGAGGAGGGUAUGCUCGGUGAUUACUGUGUGUCGGAAAACAUGGCGGAAUCGUUAAUAAAGGAAGACGGUGGUGGAGUGUCUUUGCUUGGCAGUGAUACUGCAGUUUUGUUGUCUCAGUUAAAUGAUGAACUCUGCCUAGAUGAAGGACCUUUAAGUGCUAAAGAUGACGAAAAAGCAAUAAUGGACGGGUUACCGAAUCAUGUAGCAAGACAUGAUGGCGUUACGAACGAGAACGCAUCAUCUCAAGAAGACGGGGCUAGAACAACAAAGUCUGCAACGAGGAGAGGCAGAAAAGCCAGAGUCAGUCAAAGUGAAACGUGCAGCGCCGAGCACGAGCGGUCCCUGCAUGACGCCAGUAUGGAGGUCAACGUGGACGAAACCUCUGUGUUGAACUCCAGCACCGUUACCGUGUCCUUUGAAGAAUUUUUACAGAGCCAGAUGGGAAAUGAAGACGACGUUGCUGCUGAUUCUUCCAAGGUUGACACCCAUGAUCCAGAAAGCUCUUGCACUGAAACGAAGUCUUGCAGCGAUCCGAUAGCAGCUGUUUCACCGAGAACCCUUACGGUCCAAGCUGAAGUGCAUCCCAUCUCCCCUGAUCACGAGUCCGUGAAAGGCCCUAAGUUGAAAAUGGCUUCGAUCUUCACUAGGAAUAAAAAUCAGACCCGGUUAAAGGAUGGCGAAAAGGCAUCCUCUGAUACUGCGCAGGUGAUCGCGGACAUCCUGCCUGACCUUAAGAGAAAAUCGAACGUCGUACUUCUUGAAGAGGAUCUGGAGCUUGCCGUGGUGGAAUCCAGCUCCACUCCUAAAAGCACGCAAGAAGAAAGGAAACAGUUCAUGAACGCCUUCAAGCAGCCUUCUCUGGACGGAUCGAAAGUUAAACCCGGCAAGGGCCCGAGCAAAUCCAAGCCGGCUAAAGAAAACGCAGCUGAGGCGGCAAAACCUGAAACGAAAGCCACCGUCACUGCUUCCACCGAAGACACCGUUCUUGAUUUGACAGUGCCAGAAGAGGCUCCAGAGCAAAAACAGGUUAAAGGUGUUGGGAAGAAACGAGGUAGAAAAUCUGUAAAGGACAAGCAGACGGACCAGACCGAAGAAGUCGCUCUUAAUCCAAAGCGAGACGAAGUUCCUACUCUGACAGAGACCGAGAACAAGAGUGAGUCCCCCGAUGACGGAAAAAGCGUCAGGGAGCUUAGAAGGUCCACCAGAGAUCAGAUGCGCACACAGGCAGCUCCGGAUCCUGAGAGGAAUCCCUCACCACGCAAGACGAGAAGCCGCGAGAAGGCAGAAUCAACCGCGGCGACCCAGGACGACGUAGUACAGGUUUCCAUUCCGAAGUCUCGAAAGCACAAAAAGAACGUUUAUAGGGCUGAGAUGCUCUCUCCUCUUACUAAGAGAGGAAGUCCCAUCAGAAUGAGAUUCACCAGGGUGCUUCAUUCUUCUGCUCUCAAAACUGAAGAUCGUGGAAUAUCAAGUUCUCUUUCAGUGCAGGAAUCAAAUUCACUAAAGAAAAGAAAACAGGCUAAAAAGUUGGUGCAGAAAGCCAAAGCACUUCAGAAUAGCAAGCAGGCCGCUGCGGAGGAGAAGCCGGCUGUGCGACGCUCCACGAGGAGCAGAGAAUCCACCAAAAUCAGUUACUACGAGGACGAGGACUCUGUCGUGUUCUUGGAGGGCGGUCUAAGCACUGCCAUGAGUCGAGAAAGUGCCUCCAAUCGGAAAAAACUUCGUAGUCUAAAUGAUGUUUUAGGCAAAAAUUUGCCUCAGAACAAGGCAUUGAAGAACGGUCCAGAACGAAAAGCCCAGAGAUCUUCAGCAAUCAUCUCAAUACUUGAUGACAGCAGCCGUGAGGGUUCAGAGAACUCUCAAGAUGACGAGCAGUUCCGUGCCAAGAGGGAGUUCCUGAAAAGUGGCCUGCCUGAGUCUUUCAAAAAGCAAAUUGCUAAGAUAGCAGCUAACAAAGAGGCGUACUCUCAGGCCUGUUCCUCAUUCCAGUCUGUGCUCCAUGUGCAGCAGAGACCCCUGGACUGCUCUAUGUGGACUCUUCCCUGGCCUGAAAAUUCAUUCUUGGCUUGCCUGAAAGAGUGUUACUAUUUACCAUCUGUUCCAUUUGUGUCCUUGGAGGACCGUCCAGUCCACCUCACCGCUCCUGCUCAGAGAACCUGCAGAGAGGAGGUUUCUGGGAGGCGAGAUCAUUUCACGGAGCCGGUCAGAGAGCGAUUGUUAGAGGAAAUCCGCACGUCCAAUCCCUCUUUCCCUGCCCAGAGAUUUUUUACUCGAUUCCUAAAAAGACGUGAUGAAUAUUUACAGGCUGCUGUCGUGGAACCUGAGUGCGGGUCUAAAACCGCACCCCCUGCGGGCCUGACUGAGUGCAUCGGAGGAAAGCGUAAGCGUGUGGAUGAGGGAGGGAGAGCGGGAAAGCUAGCCAAGAAACAGAAGUCGGCUAACAAGGAGCAGGAGACCAUAGUUAUUGUGGACAGCCCGGAGUCUGAGAAUGGGGGGACACGCAGCUUAGGACGGACGAGACGAUCGCAGAGAAACAAACAGGGGACGGAAGACGAGCCCAAAGCCACACAGGACAAGAAGCAGUGUGACGAUGUUAUUGUACUCGACUCACCGACUUCGGAAACACAUAUUUCUUCAUAUUGUAUUACUGAAGACAUGCCCUGGACUGAGAAGUACCAGCCACAGCAUUCGAGUGACGUCAUUGGAAACACGGCUUCUGUCAGGAAGUUGCACAGUUGGCUGAAGGAAUGGAAACUCAGGGCUGACCGAGAAGAGAGAAGAAAGCAACAGGAGAAAAAGCACGAAGAUGACAGUAACGACUCCUGGUUAGGAGGUGACAGUAGCGAGGGGCUGGAGGACGCAGAGGACAUGCUGUGUAACACGCUGCUCAUCACGGGCCCCACUGGAGUCGGCAAAACGGCUGCCGUAUACGCCUGCGCUCAGGAGCUGGGCUUCAAGGUGUUUGAGGUCAAUUGUUCCUCUCAGCGUAGUGGCCGUCAGAUCUUGUCCCAAUUGAAAGAGGCCACCCAGUCUCAUCAAGUGGACAUCCAGGGGGUCAAUGCUCAUAAACCUACUUACUUCAACAGCUACAGCGCCAGCAGUCUCGCGACCAGACCUGGCUCUUCACCCAGGAAGGUGAACUCUCCUAGACGAGUUGUGUCCUCACCCAGGAAGCCACCGCAGUCCCCUCGAGGUGCUACAUCAAAGAAAGGAAGCUUGGCGCCGAAAUCAUUGGCCAGUUUCUUUAAAAUGGGUGGAAAGCUUCCAGGCAAAGAUGACUCUAAUCAAGAUAAAAAGGCUCAAACAGGCUGUAACAAGACAUCUGGCAAAGUCAGUCAAGCUGAGCACAAGAGUCAGGAGACUAAAGCCUCGUCUGAGGACCAGAGCAAGAGAAGUGCAACAUCUCUCAUCUUGUUCGAAGAAGUUGAUGUGAUAUUCGAUGACGAUUCUGGAUUUCUGGCUGCAGUUAAAACGUUCAUGACGACCACGAAAAGACCCGUCAUCCUAACAACCAGUGAUCCUACAUUUAGUGCAAUGUUUGAUGGCUACUUUGACGAGAUCUAUUUCAAGUCUCCCUCCUCGGUGGAUGUUGCGAGCUACCUGCAGCUGCUGUGUCUCGCUGAAAACGUGAGGACAGACACGUGGGACUUGUCAUGUUUGCUGCACUGGAACAGACGUGACAUCCGACAGAGCCUCCUGCACCUGCAGUUCUGGGCGCGCAGCGGAGGAGGACGCCAGGUGACACGACCUGUAUUACAGUCAGGAAUGUCUGAGCGUGAGAUCAAGAAAGAGGCUGCUAAAGUGGAAUGUGUAGCUGAUGGUGUUAGUGACGGUGUGCCACGCUGUCAUGUUGGAUGCACAGAGUCUGUUUUGGGCCUCCUGAACAUCCAGAGAGAAAAAGGAGUGGAGGAAUUGUUAAAGGGUGAACCUUCGUCUGUGGACAGAACGAGACGCUUUGACCUUCUCUCAGAAGCUAAAAAGAGAGGCGUGGAUCUACUCUACUCAAACCUGGAAGUGUUGCUGCCUCUGCCCAUUCGUCUGUUGCCAGAACCUGUUAGCAAACAACGACUGCCAUCAGGCACAGAACCACAGCCCGUGGCCAGAUACGCUAACGUGAUCGAGCAAGUAGAGCCUUCUGAUGACGCAAGCCCUCUCAAAGUGUCCUCUCGAAUGAGGCGGAAGAAGCAGCUGAACAUAGACAAUAAAGGUGCUCUUCAGUCCGAUUCGGAAUCAGAGGAUGAGUUUCUAUCUCUGCCCAAACCUGGGUCUGACGCAAAACCAGCACAGGAUCAGGCUGCUCAGGAUCCACCAGCAUCCAAAGCUGUGAGAAUGAGAGUGGAGUUGUCUGAAGCUGAGAAAAAAAAGAGUCAGUCCGUGUCACGGUGCUUGAGCUCCCUAGCUGAGUACUUGGACCACAUGUCAUUCCUGGACUCGUCUCUGCAUCAUGAGACUCGUCAAGCAGAGGGGCCGUGUAAACCGCAUGACUUGAGCGGGGUGGGGGCUGCGGAGGUGAAGUGCGGAAUGACCGAUGAUGUUCGUCUGGAGUGUGGAAGUCGUACGUGUGGGUUCGACUCGGAAGAAAUCCAAGCUUUGAUAGGGAGUCUGAGUUUUUAUCAGUGUAAGGCAGGGAUCGCCGAAACCUGGGAUAAAGUCCAAGAGUUCGACGAGCCGGUGAGGACGGAGACGGUGGAAGAGCUUACCCUUCCCGUAUCCUCGCACAGGCAGAGGUUCAGACUCUGUCCCAGCAAAUUCCUCGAACCCAGGGUGAUUGACGCGCGAAGGGAAGUAAUAAACACCAUCCUCACCAGCCAAUCUUUCAGCACGCAGGGGAACAGAGUGGCCGCUACCGUGGACUACCUGCCGUCUCUGCGCACCAUCUGCAGAUCAGAAACACUGAGGGAGCAGUGCAAGGUUAAACGCAGGUUCAUGCACUACCUCGACGGUAUUCACCUCGAUCUGCCCAAAAGCGCGCUCCUGCACCUGGCGUCAGAAUUCCCUUGAAUCGGUCCAUCACCCUGUGCUGUGGCAGCUGAUUUAAUAUGCAUUUGUACAGUAAUAUUAUAUACCCUGACAGCAAGUAUGGUGCUUCAUGUUGGUGGAUUUGCUUUUUUUUUUUUUUGUUUUGUUUUACACAUCUGACUCUGUAAAAGAGAGUAAUAUUUCGUACUUUUAUCAUGUAGUGUGUUUUAUCAAGUAAUAAAUUUGUACUUACAACUUUGUCAGAAAACAUGUUUCCACUCAAAAUGUAUAUAACACUGAAUAUUGUUCUUGGAGAAGUUUGUGUGUGUGUGUGUGUGUGUGUGUGUGUGUGUGUGUGUGUGUGUGUGUGUGUGUGUGUGUGACUUCAUCACUAACUUCAAAUUUAUAUCAGGCACUAAAAUUCAACUUGCUGUUAUCGGUUUUCUAUACAUACAAUUUUACAUCUCUUGAUUGAUUAGUAUUAAUGUUCACAAGUAUGGCUUUAUUUAAUGUGUCUGAAGUGAAACAAUAAAUGUUCAUAUUUUUACA